AUGCUAUCAGAACUCAAGAAACUACCUGUAAACUCUAAAGUAGGCGUCGUAGGAAGUGGAGUAGCGGGCUUAACAUUCACGUAUUUCUUACAUAAGUUAAGACCUGAUGUGAAUGUCAAGUUAUUUGAUGCUCAACAACGCACGGGUGGAUGGAUUCACUCUUGCAACGUGGAUACAUUGAGUGGUGGAAGUAAAGUGAUGCUGGAAAAAGGUCCCAGGACAUUGCGAGGAGUUUCUGACGGGACAGUGCUAAUAAUUGACAGUUUAAUGAAUCUUGGUGGAUCCGAUAAGAUUAAAUGCAUUACCAAAGAUUCCAGUGCAAAUAAAAAGUUUAUACUGUCACCUGAUGAUAAAUUGGUUCAAGUACCCGAUUCUAUUGGUAGUUUUGGUAAAUUUUGUAUGAGUCCUUUGAGUAAAGGAUUUCUUACGGGUAUUGGAUUUGAAUGGGCAAGAAAAUCCAAACGAGAUGAUGUCGAUGAAAGUGUAGAAUCGUUUGUUAAGAGACGGUACGGUAGUCAAGCUAUAAGUGAUAAUUUGAUGAGUGCACUAUAUCAUGGUAUAUAUGCUGAUGAUGUUUCUACAUUAAGUGCGAAGAGAAUUAUGCGUAAAUCAUACGAUGAUGAAUUGAAAUUUGGAUCAUUUUUCAAAGCUUACUUACGAAGAAGUAAAAUGAAGAAAGGAUUAAGUGAAUGUUUGAAAGAAUAUUGUCACGUAUUUAAUAAAGAUACUAAAGAAUUGAUGGAAUUAUCCAACACUUUGAAAAAAUACCCCAUGAUUGGACUAAGUAAAGGGCUAGAGACCUUUCCAAACAUGAUUAGAGAAGAAAUUUCAAAAUCUUCAAAUGUUGAAAUUAUAACUGAUAAGCGUAUUAAUAGAAUAAAUAGACUAAAAAAUAAUAAGAUUGAGCUUAAAGAUAAGAAUGGGGUAAUUGAUACUUUUGAUCACGUUAGAGUGACAUUAACACCGCCAAAGAUUCUCGAAUUAUUACCAACUUCAUACAAGGAGAUACGAAACAAAUUAAUUGAAAUUGAAAGUAAUACGGUGAUAUUGAUUAACUUCUAUCUCGAAGAUAAAAAUAUUAUACCUAAGGAGUAUUCCAGCUUUGGAUAUUUAAUACCGAAGAGUAAUAAGAAUGAUGAAAAAGUAUUAGGCGUCAUAUUUGAUUCUGUCAUCGAACAAAACUUCCAACCACUUUUUGCGGAUAAUGGAGAUAAAUUACUAUCUAAAAGAGAUUAUACAAAAAUGACCGUAAUGCUUGGAGGCCAUUUAUUAAAUGAUGUAGAUGGGAAGGCUCAAAUACCAGAGGAUCCCCAAAAAGUAAUUGAACGAGUGAAAGAUGCUUUACAAAGACACAUCAAGAACAUCACCCGAGAGGAUUUGAACCGUGGAUUAUGGCAAUAUACAGUAGCCGAAGACUGUUUACCACGUUUCAAUGUUGGAUACGAUGCAUUAGCUCAAGAGAUUGAAAGAGAAGUUUUAACAAGAUUCCAUGGGAACGUUUCUCUUGGUGGGAUGGGAUUUUCCACGGGACCCGGUAUUCCCGACGUCAUUGUCGAUGGUUUCAAAGAUUCCGUUGAAUUGUCACAAAAAUAG